UAAGCCGGCCCAGUCUUCCUUGGAAAUUCCUUGAACUCGUCGCCCUCUUCCAGGAGACCCAAGUCGACCGGCUGCUUCAUCUCCGGCAUCGCGCUGCCCCCAGAACCACCACACUCGGAUCCGCAGCGAAAGUUGGAAGCCUCAGGACUCAGGACAGACACCACUGCCGCUGACACUGGUGGCACCAUAGAGAGUAUCUCUCUUCACUUCUUUAUCAAGUGAUAUAACAUCAAUUAAGAGAAUUUAAAUGGUGACCAUAUUUAAAUAUGAGAUACCAAAGUCCUGUUCCACAAGAGACAUUGACACCUAUUCUAAAUUUCAAAUGUGUUUGGUGUUGUACAAGCACGAGUUAUAUCAUGUUUCUAAUGAUAUUUUGCUUGUGUUUUAACAAACAGAGGACAGAGAGUGGUGUCAAACACCUUUAAGCCCAGGAUCGAGGAGAGAGAUAGAUCUUGUUAGUUCAGGGACACCCUGGGCUACACGAAAUUGAUCCAGUGCAAAAGAGAAGCAGAGCUCACACAAAGUCAAUCACAGCACAGGGGUCACAUGCCUUUAAAUUUAGCACUAGGGAGGUAGAGGUAGGAGUGACACAGCUGGGCAGAGAGAGGAAUGUGAGACAGGCAGACCCUGGAGAUCAAAGCAGUCUGAGGAGCAGUGCAGGCUGGGUAGUCUGUCUGAGCAGUCAGUAUGAGGUAGCAGUCAGUCAGAGGAUGUAGCCUGAGGACAGAAUCGCCCCUUUGGUCUGUGCAUUGGUAGAGGUAAGAACUCUAGUGGCUGGCUGCUCUGCUUCGCUGAGCCUUCAGUUUUCAUCCCCUAAUAGCUGACUCUGAAUUUUUAAUUUUAAUAACAAUUAUAACUGGUGCUACACGUGUUAGGUCUUAUUAUGAUGUGGUUAAAUACCUAAUGCAUUUGUGAUUGUAUUUGGGCAGUUAUAUAAUGUUCAGGCGUUAUUAUGUUUAUUGUUUUCAUUUUGCAGUUAAUCAUGACAUAAGGAGAUACGGUUGUGUGUCCAGUUGACAAAGAGUGGAUUUGUGGUGGCUAUUCUUGGUUGUCUAAUUUUCAACAUCUGGAUUGAACUACAAUCCAAAAAUGGAGGGUACAAAUGAGAGAUCAUUUUUCUUUGAUUUGAAGUGUGUGAAUCCACUGCUACUCCAGACCUUAGAGGUAGGAGUACAAACGCCUUUAACCCAUGUCUUGAGGUGGGAGGGUACACACCUUUGAAAAUGACCACGAGGCUGGAAGACACCUUUAAUCUGGGCCACUACUUAUGCUGGUCUAUAUAAGGGCAUAGAAGAAUGAAGGUUUUGCUUCUAGUCUGCUUGCCCUAGCCUUUUUACCACAUCCAUCCCUUCACUGACAUGGAGCCUCCUUCUUUGGGAUCCCAUCACACACUGAAGGCCAGCUGAGGAAUCCAACCUUGUGGACCGAGCAACGAAUAGAUUGUAGGGCGUUCUGUUCACCCCUAGCCAUUUUGGGAACAGCUGGACAGCAAGCUGUUUCAGACCCGCUGAGACUGACCAGAGGCAUCUGUGAGACUCUGGAUUUGGAGUUCUGUGUUGGGUCUUGGUGGGCUGAGCAGAGGACUGCAGCUGAAGUGAUGAUCCUCCUACAAUCCAUCCGUGGACAGCAUUUGAGGGGUGAAGAGUGGACCCUGUGAGACCUUCCCUUUCCUAGACUGACUGUGGUCUCGUGUGAGGUCAAUGCAGAACCUUUGGCAUGAAUCAGAGAAGACAAAACAUCAUUGAGUUACUAAAAUGAAACGACCCCCGUCUAGUGAUGAGAGCAGGAUGAACUCAGCCCUGGGCUGUUAGUAAUGGGCUGACCACCGACUUCUGGAGACACCCAAACGUUCCUAAAAUGUCUCUCCCCAUGGCAAAAUUGCAGCAUUUGGUUUGUGCAUGCCAUGUUUGUGUUGGCGAUGGGACGGUGGCAUCUGAAUUUAGCCUGUUAUCGUUUGCUGUAAGAAGUAGCCCAAGAGGCCGGUUGUCAAAUCGAGGUUGGGCUGCCUGUCUUUUCUCUGAAGGUCUCAGCACACAGUGUGGGGUCAGAUAUCGGGGUGCAGCGUCCUCCUGGCUGCAGCUCUGGUCUAGGCUGCAGCAAGCGUGUGUGGAGCCUGCGCAGAGCGGGUCCAGGGCGGCCUGACAGCCGAGCUGUGUGCAAGGCGGCUGGAGACCGAGUGGGAGGGAGGGAUUCCAAUGUUGGGGACAAUGGUCUAAUCAGAGGUUAUUAAGGGAAAAGAAACAGCGGAGUGGACUUAGGAAACUAAUCAAGAAAAUGAGCCAGUGGAAAGCGGUUUUGCAGCAACUAGGUGACCGGAAGUGGAAUCAAAGCGGGAAGGCCCAGGAGGAGCUGCUCCAAUCAAUUUGGCGACGCUGCAGGAAGCAGCCCCAAGGUCUGGAACUCGCGGCUGAAGAUUCAGCGUAGUAUUUGCAGACCUGAAACCUCGGGAGCCGCAGUGCCCCCGCUUGCGGCGCGGCCUGGGAAAGUCAGCAGUCAGCAGCGCAGUGGCGCGAACCGCAGCCCGGCGGCCCUGGAAGCUCCCAGGGCUCACUAAUCACCCAGACCUGCUCACCUGUGCAGCAGAACAGAGGGGACCUGGAAGGAGAGAGGAGACAGAAGCUUAGGAUACAGGAGAGCAAGCCAUCUAUUCCUCAUUCCUGAAAGAGAAACGCAAAGAAGAGAAACAGUAAGAAAUGACUGACUCUCUUGUAAAUAUGUCACAGGGUCUGUUGACAUUCAGGGAUGUGACUGUGGACUUCUCCCAGGAGGAGUGGGAAUGCCUGGACUCUGCUCAGAGGGCUUUGUACAAGGAUGUGAUGUUGGAGAAUUACAGCAACCUGGUCUUUGUGGCAAAGUAUUGCAAAUGUGAUCCUGUCCAUUGCCAUGUGAAGAUUGAAAAGAAGUCUUGUCAGUGUAAUGUGCUUGGCAAAGUGCUUCAUGACCCCUCCACAUGUGCACUUUAUAGAACAAGUGAAACUACAGAAAACUCCAAUAACUACACAAGCAGUAAUGACAGGGAUGCCUCUGUUGGCUCACCAAACCCAGACAGACAGAAAAGCAUGCACACUGGAGAAGAACUGUGCAGAUCUAAAGACUGUGAGAAAUCUUUAAAUUUGUGUUCCAACAGUACUCUAGAUCAGAGAGUCUAUGCUGCAAAGAAAGAGCACAGGCAGGGAAAAUAUGAUGUCUAUUUGGACAACACAUACAAUCUUUUUCAACAACCUAUCUACAUUGGAGAGAAACAACACCGGUGUGGGAAAUGUGGGAAAUGCUUCAGUAUGGCCUCAAGACUCAGUGUACAUCAGAGAAUUCAUAUUGGAAUUAAACCCAACAAGCGCAACAUUUGUGGAAAAUCUUUUACCCAGCGUUCAAGUCUUAAAAUACGUAGAAGACUUCAUAUAGGGGAGAAACCUUACAAAUGCAAAGAGUGUGGAAAGUCAUUUCAUCUGUUGUCAGCCUUUCAUAACCAUCAGAAAUUGCAUGCUGGUGAGAAACCUUCCAAACGUAAGGAAUGUAACAAAUCCUUUGCCCACUCUUCCACUUUCAAGAAACAUCAGAAAUUGCACACUGCUAGGAGAUACUAUAGAUGUCAAGAAUGUGGCAAGGUCUUUCAUCAGCUUUUACAUUUUAAAAGCCAUUACAGACUCCAUACUGGAGAGAAGCUUUUCAAGUGCAAUGAUUGUGACAGAUCCUUUCUCCACCAGUCAUCAUUGAGAAAGCAUCAGAGAACUCAUUCUCUAGAGAAGGUUCAUAAAUGCAAAGAAUGUGGUAAGUCCUUUCUUGAAUUAUCUCUUCUUAACAGGCAUUACAGAAUCCAUACUGGUGAAAAGCCUUACAAAUGUGAGGUAUGUGACAAAUCUUUUACCUGGGACUCAACUCUUAGAACACAUCAGAAAAUUCAUACUGGGGAGAGACCUUACAAAUGCAUGGAAUGUGACAAAUCCUUUACCAAACACUCAGAUCUGAGAAGACAUCAAGAAACUCAUACUGCAGAAAAACUUCCUAAAUGCAAAGACUGUGACAUAACCUUUAUUCAUAUUGCAAGUCUUAGAAAACAUCAGAGAUGUCAUACUGGAGAGAAACCUUACAAAUGUCUGCAAUGUGACAAAUCCUUUAACCACAUGUCAAAUCUUAGCACACAUCAGAGAGUUCAUACUAGAGAGAAACCUUACAGUUGUCAGGAAUGUGGCAAAUCUUUUGUCCAAUAUUAUAGUUUAAUCAAACAUCGUAAAAUUCAUACUGGAGAGAAACAACAUAAAUGCAAAGACUGUGACAAAUCCUUUGCCCAUAUGGAAAGUCUUAAACUACAUCAGAGAGUUCAUACUGGAGAGAGACCUUACAGUUGUCAGGAAUGUGACAAAUCUUUUACCACUUGCUCACAUCUUAGAAGACAUCAGAGAGUUCAUACUGGAGAGAGACCUCACAGUUGUAAGGAAUGUGGCAAAUCUUUUACUAGGUACGAAUAUCUUAGAACACAUCAGACAAUUCAUAUUAGAGAAAAACCUUACAAAUGUAAAGACUGUGACAUAUCAUUUAACGAAUACUCAAAAUUUAGAACACAUCAGAGACUUCAUAAUAGAGAGAAACCUUACAAAUGUAAGGAAUGUGGCAAAUCUUUAACUACACGUGCAUCUCUUAGAACACAUCAGAAACUUCAUACUGGAGAGAAACCUUACAAAUGUAAGGAAUGUGACAAGUCCUUUAUCCACAACUCACAUCUUAGAAGCCAUCAGAGCAUUCAUACUGGAGAGAGACCUUACAGUUGUCAGGACUGUGACAAAUCCUUUACCAAUUGCUCAAGUCUUAGAAUACAUCAGAGAGUUCAUACCGGGGAGAAACCUUACAAAUGUAUCGAAUGUGGCAAGUCCUUUAGCCAGGUCACAAAUCUUAGAACACAUCAGAAAAUUCAUACUAGGGAGAAACCUUACAAAUCUAUGGAAUGUGACAAGUCCUUUACCCGGCCCUCAAAACUUAGAAGACAUCAGAAAGUUCAUACUGGAGAGAGACCUUACAGUUGUAAGGAAUGUGACAAAUCUUUUGCUAAGUGUGAUCAACUUAGAACACAUCAGAAAAUUCAUUUAAGAAAGAAACCUUACAAAUGCAAAGACUGACAUAUCCUUUAUAGUGUAAGUAAGUCUAAGGAGACAUUAGAAAAUCCAUACGAGAGAGAAAAUCACCGUUGUAAAUACUGUGACAUAGCAUUUUGGUGUUCUCUGCUUACAAAUCACAAUAUGCAAAAUAGAAACAAAAAGGUAAGGAAAUUGUGAAAGCCUUUAAUUAGGUUUAAUUCUUUGAAAAUAUCAGGGUUUCUGCCAAAAUAAAAUUCUCUCAAUGUCACUGUGGCAAAA